UAAAUUGUGCGUAUCAUUAUUAUUAUUUAUUAUUAUUGUUACUUAUUUUCUUAGUACAGAACUACAGAAAACAGAGUACAGAUACAGACUAGAGAUGUACAGAGUGUGCACUGUGCAGUCAGUUAUUCUUACUCAGUAGUCAGUUCAGUUUCAGUUAGAUCUUUAAGUUCCAACCCCAACAGAUUCUGUGUGCUGUGUUUGAUGAUAAAUAUUAUUAAAAAAUUCAUUUAUUUUACGAUUAAGUUUUAAUAUUUUUGUCCCGUAUACUGUUUGUGGUUAUAGUUAUUGUUUUCUUAAUCAUUUUUUUAAUUCAUCGAAAUUACUAUAAAUAAUUAAACUCAAUACUUUUUCGUAAGACGUUCUCCCUUGUUGCAGACCAUCAAUAAGAAGGUUCACGUGUGUAAAUUACAUUCGGCGUCAUCGUCGGUUGUACCCUACCGUGUUGUCUGUGGUAUCUUAGCUGGAAACAUGUUAAGUGAAGAAGCAGAGAUGUCCUUGAUUAACGUAAAGUUACGUUCGGGUACAGUGACUAUGUACACUGAAAAAGUGUACAUAGAUUUGCAGUCGAAUGUAAGUGUAUUAAGACAAAAAAUUUGUCAAAAGGAUAACACACUUACCAAAGAUAAUUUUAUAAUGGUUUAUUGCGGAAAUGUUAUGGAAGACUCUGUUCCUAUUUAUAUGUACGAUAUUAUUAACGGAGCUACAGUGCAUUUAUUCAAAAAAAUGAGUGUUGAAAAGCCAGAACCUCCAAAAGCUAUUGAUAUCAGUAAUGCAGGAUUGGUGAAACUAGGUGUAGCUUUUCGUUCACUGUCAUUAAAUAUAUCAUACAAAUGUGCAUUAAUGAAAAUUAAUAAGACUAAAUUGAUAAAUGAUCUAAUCUUGAAUACUCCUCGACUGAAUGAAGAUCCUAUAGCAAUUACUUUUUUACAACAUUCUGAAUUAUUAGUAAAACUCAAUGAUGUUAACAUGGUGAAACAAAUUGCGGAAAAGCAUCCUGCUUUGGCAUUAGCUGCAUUGCAAAUUUCUACAGUUGUUCAUGAACAAGUUGUGCAGAACCACUUGGCAUCAGAUGUUUUGACCAGAUCUAUAUCUGCUGGCAGUGAUGAAGAUAUGGAAGAUUUAGAUGAUUCAUCUCCUGGAUCAGACACUAAUAGUCAACCAAUGAAUAGAAACUUACCUUUUGCCAUCACUGCCGCACAGUUAGCAACAGCUAUUGCAAAUGUAACGACACAGCAACCACAGCCAAGUACUAGUGGUGCAAGUACAUCAACUGGAAAUACAGGAAAUGUGCUGAUGACUAUGCCUCCUAAUACUAAUCAAAGUCAACCGACUACACCUGCAGUUGAUUAUUCACAUCAAUUAGGAAUAAUGAGAGAAAUGGGUCUGUACAAUGAAUCUUUAAACCUACAAGGAUUACGACUAGGGGGCGGUCACUUAGAAACUGCUAUUGAAUUAGUAUUAAGUGGUUUUGAUAUUUUAGAUACAGAUAAUGCAUAGUCCCUAUUUUAAUAUUAUAAAAUAAUGUAUUAUAACAAUUAAAAAAAUAAUCAAUGAUUCUAUUAACGUUUAUUUAUUGUUCUUGAUUUUAA